AUUUAUAUGCACAUAUAUAUAACAGGACGUAGCAUGAAUGCAGCGCUGCGCUCGCGGGUGGUGGACCUCGCGCGCAGUAGCAAUUUCUAUGCGGCGGCAGCACAGCAACGAACGUGUACGGCGGCUCGCGCGAUUUACGAGAGGAACCGACUCGCGAACUGCUGCACACACUUCAAUCCGUUAUAGGUGUGUGGACAUACAUUGUCGCCUGCACGCCUAAAUGCGUUUAUGUGCAGCUGCUCCCUGAAUUCUGUACGUUUAUACGUAGCCGAGGAUCGCUGCAUUAAACUGCUUUCACUGAAUGCACUUCGAAUACCUCUACGUGCAAAGGAAGCGGGGGUCACUGAAAGAGAGACUUGGUGCGUGCACGCAGCCAUCCGCUGUGCACAUCACGGCUGUAUAUGAAUGGGGUUGGAUGUGCGCCUUUCACGGAUACCUGAAAAUUGCACCCAAGACUGAUUACUUGUAAUUUAGAUGAGAUAUGAAAUGUCCUUUAUACAUGACUUCAACAUAACUCUUUUGAACUUAGUGAUUUUUCGGGCCAUUUUAUUCAAUUAUUAAUUGCAAGGAUUUUUCAUUUUCCUUUUAUGAAAUUCAUCUAAAAUAUUGGGCAAUUACUUCCAAAAAUUCGAAACAUUUAUUAUCAAUAUUCGUAAAUUAAAGUGUACCAAGGAGAAUAACGAUGGUUUAGUUGUCUAGAAGAUUCAAGAGCAUUUCAUGGAUAUAUUUAUCAAUUAAUAAGCUUUCACAUGAGUAUAUUGGCAAAUACAAAGUUCAGAUCAGCUGAUUGAAGGUUAUAACUGUAAAUAAUGAGUGCAACGAAUAAUUGUCAAGACAAAACGUCACAUAAUGAGGGAGUUUUUCACGAAUUUGAAGAAGUUCACAUUCCAGUACCUUGGGGAUACAUAAGUGGAAAAUGGUGGGGUAGUAAAGCAAUACAGCCGAUAUUAGCAUUGCACGGGCGCCAAGAUAAUGCUGGCAGUUUUGAUAAAUUAAUUCCACUUUUGUCAAAAAGCAUUUCAGUGCUUUGUUUGGAUUUGCCGGGGCAUGGUUUAUCUUCUCAUUAUCCAAAAGGCCAAUUUUAUUAUGUACAUUGGGAGGGACUGAUUCUGCUUCGUAGAAUAGUUAAACAUUACAAAUGGAGCAAGGUAAAACUUUUGGGUCACUCACUUGGUGGUGCGAUAUCAUUUCUUUAUGCAGCUUCUUACCCACAAGAAGUUGAAUUCGUAAUUAGUCUGGACAUUGUCAGCCCUAGUGUAAAAGAUGUAACAAAAACUGUCACAAUCACUGGUGAUCAUAUAGAUAAAUUCCUCAAGUUUGAGAACUUGACAUUGGAUAGUGUGCCUUGUUAUGAAUACCAUGAAAUGAUUGCUAUAGUUGAAGAUGCCUACAAAGGCUCCAUCACCAAAGAAAGUGCUGAAAUAUUAAUGAAACGAGGAAUGCAGCCUGCACUUAUUCCAGGAAAACAUUACUUUAGUAGAGAUCCUAGAUUGAAGGUAUCUUUAUUGGGAAUGCUAUCUAUGGAUUUGGUGCUUUCUUAUGCAGCUCAGAUUAAAUGUGCCUAUCUGAAUAUCCGAGCUGUUCCUGGAAUGGUCUUUGAUCAACCUGAAAACUAUCACAAGGUUUUGGAUGUCAUAAAAGAAACUGCUAGAAAAUUUGAGUACCAUGAAGUCGAAGGCACGCAUCACGUCCAUUUAAAUAAUCCAGAACGCGUUGCUCCGAUCAUCAAUCAAUUUAUAAGUUCUUUGAAUUAAUUGAUUGUAUUUUAUUUAUUCUCGUGUUUUGUCGUGUGAUAAAAUAGUAAGAAUUUUAGUACAAAUUGUCAUGGGUUGGGUAGAAUUACAUAUACUUUUGCGCUUCCUUGCACGCAAAAAUUAUGUCCAUGAAAUUGGAAACACCUUUUUGUGUCAAAUUCAAAAACAGAACAAAAUAAGAAAGUAAUACAUAUAUAUAGAUAUUAUUAUAACUUGUUAAUUAUUGCAAAUGAUUGUUUCCAUAUUGUUAAAUAUUUAUACGCUAUUUUGUGUAGCAUGUAACAAUAAACCAACAAAAAAAAGAUGUAAAA